AUGUCCAAAUUCAAAGCCGUCACAAAAUCCAACUCCAAGUCCAAACCCAAACCCAAGACAGCCAAAGAAAAAGCCAAACUGCGAUCUACCGGUACCUCAACACGACCCGUGGAUAAACACAAAUAUCGCGUUCAAAAAUCGGUACCUGCACCUCCACUACCCAUCAAGAAGCAAGCCAAAAAACCUAUCUUCAUAGAUUUGACAUCCUCAUCUCCUCUCGCUAAGGCAAAGACUAAAGCAAAGACAAGAAGAACCACCGCCACACCCCCCAAGAAAUUCACCAUACCAGUACCAGCACUCGUACCCUCCUCACCCUCCUCCUCCCCCAGCGAACGCUCCCCCAGUCCCGCUAUCCACUCACCCAUCACACGCUCCCUCUCCCUAUCCCUAUCCCAUCCCUUAUCCCAUCCCUUAUCCCACUCCCUCUCACUCUCCCACUCUCUCUCCCUCUCCAAACCAGCAGUAAUUCCACCCGAUAACAUCGCGCACGCGACACAGCCACCCGAAUACUACAUCCAACCCAUGCACAUUCAGGAUAUCAUACCCGGCACCGUAGUGUGGUUACCGUCCAAGGUGGACAUUGUUUAUAAUGCGUAUGUGGAUCCGAAGUUGCAUGUGAAUGCUUUUGAUCACCCGGCUGUGGUGGUGAGUAUGCCGAAUCCGUUGAAUAUUUAUUCUGUGGUGGAGAUUGCUAUUAUGACAACCCUCGGCUCCCGCACCCUCCACGAAACCAAAAAGCUCCCCCACCGCACGCAACUCUUCCGGGUGCGCACCCAAGAACUUCCGAGCGCCAAAGUAGACAUUACAUUUAAAGAAUCCAAGGGGAUGCGGGGCAAAUAUAGUUUUGUCAAUUGUCGCGAGUCCUGGCGUGUGCAGAUUGGGACGUUGGGGUUUUAUGGGAGGGGGAGGGGGAGGGGGAUGGGGGUGGGCAUGGGGGGAAGGGGAGGAAAGGAUGGGGGGGAGGAAGAGGGAUGGGGAUGGGGGGAGGAAGGGAUAUAG